UGUACAGGUAUAAAUAUGCUUGUGCUUGUAUCAGAUGAUCAUUCUACAUCGAACAUUCUGUUACAGAAGUGCAACACUUAUUCCAAUCUAACAACAUGAAACCAGUGGCAAUGUUCGCGUGUCUGAUCGUGCUGAUCUUUACUCUGCAGAACGUACAUUGUGCCUGUCCUUAUGCGCAUCCCUACCCGUACGACGUGUGUGGACCAAACGAAGAGUACCAAACGUGUGGUACCGCUUGUCCUAAUACUUGUGCCGAUCUGAACGAGCAACAGAAACCGUGCACCAAGCAAUGUGUUCAGGGAUGCUUCUGCAAACCUGGGUUUGUUCGAGAGUCUAAGGAAGGCAAAUGUAUUCCGAAAUGCUCCAAUGAAAACAUGCCCUUAUCAAAAACAAGUACAGCCAUACUGUUCGUUCGAUUGGUUACACCUUGUUUGUAUUUACGUGUUAACAUUGGCUCGAAUCCAGUAAACCACAUCAUGGAUCGAAUGGAGAACUUCCGAUAUAAAAAUGCUGCUUUCGGAUACAUUCGAGCUGUGAGCCGAAAGAGACAUGUGAAGGUGAAAACGAACAAUACGAAAAAUGUAUCCCUAAGGAACCGAUGACCUGCGCUAAUCAAAUCGAGAUAAUGCUUGGAUGUAAACCAGGGUGCACCUGCAAACCAUUAUACAUUCGAGAUAGCUGGCCAGGCGGAAAAUGCAUUCCACUGGAGGACUGUCCGAAGUAGGUUGGCAACAUCAAACGCACAAUAUGUAAUUAACCAUCUUUCAAAUAAAUCUAUCUGUGCACUGUUUGGCCCC